CUCCAAUCCAAUAAAUUCCACCUCCAUCUCCAAAAUCCUCCAUCACAAACACCAACAACAAUCAACCACAAUGGUCUACGCAUUCGCCCUCCCAACAACAUCCCACCUCUCCUUCCAAACCCACCUCUCAUCAACCACCCACCCCUCCCUCCCCCAAGCAGCCUCAACAGCCCGCCACGCCCUCCGCACAACCCUCAAGAAACACAAACGCCUACCCCGCGGUCCGCAGCAAGAAGCUCACCUCACCACCCUCCUAACAACCCUAACCAACUACCUCCCCUACCUAACCGCCAUCUCCAACGGCCUAGGCACUACUCCUGACGAAAUCUCCAUAACCCUGCACGCCGAACUCGAGCCGGAAUGGCGCGCCACCCUCUCCUCCAAAACCACCGCCCGAAUCCGCGGCCGCGGCCUAGACUUCGAGAUCGCCUUCGUCCUCACAACCCUCGCCUACAUACUAAGCAACCUAGCCCACUCAACAGUCAUCCGCACGCUCUACGCGCCCACAACCCCCACACCCGAGCAACGCACCGCCGCCAUGACAACAGCAACUAAACACCUCCUGCAGGCGAGCGCAGUGCACUCGCUCCUUGCUACUUCGCCAUCCUUCGCGCACGUAGCUCGCGCUGUCUCGGCCCCGGCAGCUGUCAUCCCGGAUCUGGACCCUGCGGCGCAGGCGGCGCAGGCUUCGCUUGCGCUGGCGGAGGCGACGCUGCUGGCUGUGCUUAAGGAUGAUUCGUAUGUUGCGGCGUGUAUUCAGGCACGGAAUCCGAAUGAUAAGGAGUGGAUGGUGAGGGCGCCAGAGAUACCGAAGGUCAGGGCCCAUCUGUUUGCGAGGUUGUGUAUUCGGGCGGCGGAGUAUGCGGAGCAGGCGGGGGCGGGGCUGGGGGCUGUUGGGGCGCAUGGGAAGGGCGGGAUUGAGGAGGAGUUGGUCAAGUAUGUGUGGGUAUUGAGUCGGGUGGCGCGGGCGAGGGCGUGUCGGUUUUUUGGGGUUGAUGCGGAGCUGGCGGGAAAGAUUGGGGAGGGGAUUUCGUGGUUAAGGGCUGCGAAGGGGGCGCUUGGGGUGAGGAGUGCCGUUGGGGAGAAGGAGAACGUGUCGAAGUCGAGGGGUUUUUCGAGGCUGAAGCAGGAGUGGAUGGAGCGGCGCGAGGAGAGGCGUAUGGAGAAGGAUGCGGGGAGUCGAGAUAGGUCGGAGAAGGGGGAGUUGGGGCCUGGUGAUAAUGCUGGGCGAGAGGAGGAGGGACGGGUGAUUGAGAUGCUGGAGAUGAAGUGGCAGAGGAUGAAUGAUACGAUCAACACGCAGCUGAUCCCGCCGUCUGCGGACCUUAUUGCAAACUUGCCCUCUGGCCGAGAUAUUCAUUCCCCGCCAGCUCCUUACAGGCUCCCAUCUUUGGGCGAAGAGCAAUUGGUGCGAAUGCGCGCACCGCCAACUGAGGACGAUUUCGGACCAGGCAGCGACAUUGACGAUAGUGAGGAGGAACCCACCAUGACGAGAGACGCGGUCCCUGAGCGGACUGAUAGUGCUUACUAUUGAUACCCUUGAAGAAUGCUCAAGACGCAAAGAAUCCGUUACAGAGUGAACCACUUUUAAGUGCAUAGCCUCCGACUUGUACAAUCCAACAACAACCAUCACACAAGUCCAUAACCACCCAUCUUCACAUAAGCCUACACAACCAACAAUCGUCUACAUCUACAGCCCCUAACAACCCAGAAAACCCGGGAACCAAAUCAGAUAGGUCCAAAGUAAGGUCACAAAAAUGAUACAUUGAUCUAAAAA